AUUGAAAGUUUAACAGAACCAAGAAUUGAAAGUUUAACAGAAACAAGAAUUGAAAGUUUAACAGAACCAAGAAUUGAAAGUUUAACAGAAACAAGAAUUGAAAGUUCAACAGAACCAAGAAUUGAAAGUUUAACAGAACCAAGAAUUGAAAGUUUAACAGAACCAAGAAUUGAAAGUUUAACAGAACCAAGAAUUGAAACAGAUCAGGGACGUUACAUACUAGAAUCGGAAAGUUCAGGAGAUGAUUACAACUCAGACAGAGACCCAGAGUACCAACCACCCAAAAACCAAUCAGAGUCUGAAGCUGAAGAAAUGAUAGAUCAAAUUAAAAGAUUGAAAAGAAAAAGAAGAGAGUCGAAUCCAGAUAUUUGGAAUAAAAAUAUUCAAAAGCAGAGAAGAAUGGAAGGUAAAAGUUUUAAAGGACUUGAGAAAAAAGAAGGAAAGAGGGUC